GAUCGGCCACCGGAGAUGCAGCACGGGAGCGGCGACUACGCCGCAUCCGGCCCCGUCGGCCACUACUACCCGCACCAGUACGCGCCCCCGGGCUCCAACCCGUAUCCAGCCGCUACCGACGCACCGGCGCCGGGGGCGGGGGCGGGGGGCUACGCCUCCGCGCCGCCCUACUCCGUUGGCGGAGGCUACGCCGGCCAGCCGCCCUACUCCGUCGGCGGAGGCUACUCCGACCAGCCGCCCUCCGCUCCGGCUUACUCCCAGCCGCCGCCCACACAGCCCCAGUACGGUGCCGGGUACCCGCCCUACAACACCAACCCCGCGCCCUACCCGCCGGAGCCGUACUACACCUACACGCCGCCGCCCACCCAGCCUGCGGCCCCGCCGGCCGCGGAGCCCCCGCCGCUGCCCUACGACGCCCCGUACUACGGGGGCGGGUACCAGCCGCCGGCCGCGGGUUAUGACAACGAGGAUUACCUGAACGAGGGCGCGUACGCGUACAGCGGCGGCGGCGGCGGCUCGGAGCCGUACGGGGAGCGCGGCACGGCCCCGGCGCGGUCGGGAUCCGCGCUGUUUGAUGACUAUGGGCGGUCGAUCAGUGUCCCAUCCGGAAGGGAGGAGCAACCGUGGAGCAGUGGCGGCGGCGGCGGCGGUGGCAGUGGGGGUGGGAGCUUUGGGGCGAUCGCGAGGGCCCUUCCAAAAGCGGACACGCAUGAGGACUCGAGUGGCGGUGCACAGAAAUUUCGGGUUAAGCUGCUUCCAGAGGGCGCUGGGAAUCCUACUGAUGUGCUUUGCCAGAUUGGUCUAGAUAGAAUUCGCAUGCUUGAUCCAAAUACAAGCAGGACCCUAAGAAUUUAUCCCCUUGAUUCACUGACGAGAUGGGAGGUUUUGGAUUCAACUAUAUUUGCAUUCUGGGCAAAGACAUCAGUGGAUAUUGAAGCAAAGCGAAUUAGGCUGAAGUCAAGCAGUUAUACUUCCAAUACUAUGCUUGACACUGUGACAGCAGCAACAGUGCAGUUUAAGGAGAUUGGUGAAGAUGCUAGAAACAAAGGACCUGUGGAUGCUGGCAAACCUGUGGUACAAUCAAAUGAGAAGAAGAAAGGUUUUGAUUGGAUGUUUGCAAAACCUGUUGAUGAAGUGAAAGAUCAUUGGGUUCCAGAUGAGGUUGCCAAGAAAUGCCACUCAUGUGCUGUUGAUUUUAGUCCUUUUAAUCGCAGGCAUCAUUGUAGGAACUGUGGUGAAAUCUUCUGUGACAAAUGCAGUCAGGGAAGAAUUGCUCUGACAGCUGAGGAUAAUGCUCCACUUGUCCGAGUUUGUGAUAGAUGCAUGGCUGAGGUCACGCAAAGGCUUAGCAUGGCUAAGGAAGCUGCCAGCAGAUCUGCAACCGUGCAAAGUCAUGAAGAUCUUGCAAGAAAACUUAAGGAGGAAAUGGAGCGGAACCGCAAGUCUUCAGUGCAUCAAAAUUCUGAAAUCUCUGCUUGGAAAGGUCCGGCAUCUGGUGGUGGUGCAUCUGGUACCAGAAUGAGGGAAGUUGCAUGCCCUACCUGCAUGGCGACGAGCAUCCUGCAGAGGUUUCUGGACGCUGACCAGUGGGCGGAGGAGGACACCAUGGUGGGCCGGCUGGGCAUGGUGAUGCACGCCGCCUUCCUGUUCGCCGGAUUCCAGCCCUACGGCGCCCAGCCACCGUCCGGCUACCUCCUCAAGCAAGAAUCGCCGCCAGUUAAUAAGAAAGUUCGCGAAAAAACUGUGUCUCUCUGCCGUUGGUACACGGCGCGGGAGCUGCCGGCGCAGCGCUGCAACGGCAACGGCGGCGCGGAGGCCGCCGUGCUGAUGCUGAGCGCGCGGGGCAGCGACAUCGCGCUGCUCGCGUUCCUCGUCACGGCGGACGGCGACGUGCGGAAGCUGUACCGGGAGCACCUGGACCUGGCCACCGUGGCGCCGCUCCUCUCCGCCGGCGCCAUGGCUGACACGGAGCCCCGGGGCUCGCGGAUCUGCGGGGAGCUCUCCGACGCCGUGUGCUGGCCGCUCCUCGUGGAUCUGUGCCACAGGAACGGCGUGCGGUUGAGAAGCUCCAUGUUCUCGCCGGACGGCGUGACGGGCCUCCUGUCCAUGCCCGACGACAUCAUGGUGGUGAUCUUGGGGAAGCUCACCGACGGCGAGGACCUGGCGAGGGUGGCGUGCACCUGCCGGGAGCUGAAGGAGCUGGUGGAGGGGCGUGACGCUGGCGCCCAGCUCUGGAAGCCACUGUACGAGGCCCUGGACGCGCGCCGACGCCGGUGUUGGUUCUUCCCUGAGGAUGAGGCACGGGCGGCGCUUCUUCUGCGACUUCGUCUGCGUAGUAUGAGCUGGAAGCAGAAGUAUGUGAUGGCGAGGCCGCGUCCCUGGGACAGAAUCUGCCGCCCCCUCUUCCUCUGCGAUUACUUUCCUGCUUUCUCUGGGAAAAUCUCUUGGCCGCCGCUGUUUUCUUGGAUCGCUGACCCGCCGGAGCCGGAGACGGUCGCCACAAGGGGCGAGGAGUACAUGUACACCACCGGCGGCCACCGGAGCAAGAGGGAAGGGAAGUACUGCAAGAAGAGGAAGGGGCGUGGCGCCGGCGUGAUCCACUCUCCGUCGUCUCGUAACCGAUGGAAGCAUCGAUAAAUGAUUAACUGGUGGGGGCUGCUGAUCAGAUCAGACAGAGGUCUGCCUACAUGCAAUUUAAUUGAGCGAUCGAGAUGCAGUUGUUGGAUUAGGAAUCUCAGUCAUGGAGAGAUGUUGUCAUCUAUGAGAUCAUUAAUGAUAAGUGAUAUCACACGUACGCACUCUUUAAUUUGUGGCGUGGAAAACAAAAUUCAGUGAGUAUUAUUUCGGGCUGCAGUACCACCUCUGUUAAAAGGUUGAUAAACUGAUUCCAUGCUGACCAAAUAGAGAUGGCAUUUUUUGCAA